AUGUCAAAUCCGUUUCAGAAUAUAGGUAAAAAUUUACUUUACAUUUCUGCAGCUGGUAUUACAUCCAUUUUUAUUGUUAAGACUAUAGUGAAGUCUAGGAGGGAUGCUAAAUUCAUACCAAAAGCGCGGGGAAAUAGUGAUGAAAUGAAUGAGCGAGAUUAUUACGAUAAUCUUGCCCAAGUAAAACCAGGAUUUCCCCUGCCUAAACAUGGAGACAACAGUAUUGACAAUUCUGAAGACCAUGGGUUGGCAAGAAAGAGUAAAUAUGAAGGUAGCGGACUCAGCGCGGUAACAAGGAAAAGAGGUGACAAAUUAGGCUUUCUAGACAGGAGAAGAGAUGAGUGA